AGAUUUGGAGAUUUUCUGGAAAAACCCUUUGUGUUCUAUAAUUCAUCAUGGCAAGUUAUUUCUUAAACUGUUUUAUAAUAACCCUUUCCAUCCAAAACUUGACUGAUACUCAAUUUUUAUCCAAACAAAAUAAAGUCAGGCAUGAAGACUGCAAGAAAUAACUAUUUCAAGAAAUGCCUAGAGACAAGUGAGCAAAUUAAUUUUGUCUUCACACUGUUUUAUUUUUUUGUGCUCGAUCGCUAAGAAUGGGCUAACACAGUGUGUUGUAUUAUUGAGCUAAGAAAUUGGAUUAAUUUUCAAACAACAGUUCUCCUAACUUUUUCCACAUGUUUUAAUUUAAAUUAUGGGAUAGACAAAAAUCAGGAGAAAAUCUGCGACCCGGAACCACGUGUUCCGUGUAUCGCGUCUCGCCCCGCUAAUCCGCCUGUUCUGCAGGCUACACCCGGAAACGAAUUACAUAACGACGAGCGCGUGUCGAACUCUUGACAGCAGAAGACAUGGCAGGUGUGUGGCAUGCAUUCAUUUUUCACUAUCUAUGCUUCCUUGUACAUCUGAUUGGAGUAACUUAUCAUCUCUCGGAGAUUAACCUGGAAGCUCACAAGACAUAUGGAGGAAGAUUCAAGUUCCUGACAUUCAUAAACAUGGUGUUACAACUUGUGUAUUUCAACAUGGCCACCGUCACCGAGCUUCACGAAGUCGUCAGGAAGCGAAAGAGCGAGAUCUUCGCGUCUUUGUGCGACUACACGUUCGCCUGUUUUGUCUUUCCGAUUGGUACGACUGUCAGUUUGUUAUUCUGGGGUCUCUAUGCAGCCGAUCCGUACUCUUGCCAAACGCCCGAGGAAGCCCAACAAAUUCCCUCAUGGCUCAAUCACUAUAUGCACACGUUCCCUUUGGUCACGAUUUUAGAAUUGUGUUUUAUUCGACACAAAUACCCGUCAAGAAAGAAAGGAGUAUUGUCCGUGUUAGGAUUCGCAGUUGCUUACACAGCUUGGGUUUUGUGGGUGGCGUUUGCUGCCGAUAUUUGGGUGUAUCCAUUCCUGAAGAAGUUGGACUCACUCUUCAUUGCUGCCUUCUUCGCUUCAGCUUUUGCAGUUUCAUUAUUCAUUUACUUCGUUGGAGAGUGGGUAGCUGUACGCAAAUGGGGACAAGAUUCUUCCAUGGAAAAGAAAACAGCUUAGCAAGUAACUGACUUUCAUGUGACUUGCGCUUUCGUGACAGCAUUUAAACGUUCGUGACAGGUAGUUUCUUAAUAGGAGUUCCGUGACAAGAUAGGGACAUGCGUGACAGAGUACAAAAAAAUUGUCUGACAGUUGUCUACGUUAAAAAAGUGUUUCAGAAUUUUUUGGGAAGAUAUGUUAUUGUUUGCUGUAUUAGUGUAGCCAACUACAUAAUACAUGUACCCUAUUUUCCCGAUUAAAUGCCACCCCCCAAAUAAAUGCUGGGUCUCCCAAGUAGAUUUGAAAAUAAGACCCUCUAGGAAUUUAUAUUCAAGUUAAAUCAAACUUAAGGUAUAAAUAUAAGAUAUACCUCUCACAAAUGAUGAAUAUAAACUCUAAUUAACUAAUCCAGACUCAAGUAAAUUGCAAAAGUAAUUUGAAAAGAAAAUGUCAGGAGCAUUACAUCAAGAAAACAGGAUACCAUUAUUUUAUUGCCAACCGAAACGCUGACGCUUAAAUAAAGUCAAUAUUAUUAGUAAUAGCAAUUGGACUGAGUGGAGCACAAUUCUAGAAAUUUCAAAAUCGGACUAGCCUCUUCUAAGUUCAAAUCCAAGAUGGCACUUGCUUGGUCAAAAUGUGCGCAAUUGCUCGCCAAAAUACGCCUGCAUUGCAGGCUAAAAUCGGACAAGUGCACAGUGCAAGGCUGAUUUUAAAUUACAAGCAAACUUUCUCCCUGAAUUGUACAACAUGAGGUCCAAUUACUAAUUAACCGUAUCAAUAACAAAUUUCAAGAUUGA